CCAGAGAGCCUGUGUAAAGGGAAGCCCCUGGAUUUUGUGUUCAUCAUCGACAGCUCCCGCAGCGUGCGUCCCAGCGACUACGAAAAGGUCAAUUUCAUCACCAACAUCCUGGCCUUCCUGGACGUGGGGCCGGAGGCGACGCGCGUCGGACUGCUGCAGUACGGCAGCAUGCUGCAGAACGAGUUCUCCCACAACACCUACAGCAACAAGGCAGAUGUUGAGCGGGUGGUGAAGGCCAUGGACCACCUGGCCACCGGCACCAUGACCGGCCUGGCUAUCCAGUACACCAUGGAGACAGCCUUCACCGAGCCAGAGGGUGCCCGACCCGCCGACAUGCACAUCCCCCGCAUCGCCAUGAUCAUAACGGACGGGCACCCCCAGGACACGGUGGAGGAGGUGGCAGCACAGGCCCGACAGGCAGGCAUCCAGAUAUUCGCCAUUGGAGUGGGCAGGGUGGAUAUGAACACGCUGCGGGUCAUCGGGAGUGAGCCCCACUCAGAGCAUGUGUACCUGGUGGCCAACUUCAGCCAGAUAGAGACCCUCACCUCCGUCUUCCAGUCCAAUCUGUGUGGAGGUACAGACCUGUGCUCUGUGAUGGACCAUCAGUGUGAUCACCUCUGUGUGAGCACCUCAUCCUCCUACAUGUGCCGGUGCAGAAGGGGUUACACCCUUAACUCCGAUGGCAAGACCUGCCGCGCGGAAGACCCGUGUGAUGUGGUGGACCAUGGCUGUGCCCACUUCUGUGCCAACAUGCCAGGGGUACUCGGCUACGAGUGUCACUGCCGGCUUGGGUAUGAACUCAACGAGGACGAGAGGACGUGCCGAAGAAUAGAUGACUGUGACCUGGGGAACCAUGGCUGUCAGCAUGACUGUGUCAGCUCUCCUGAGUCAUACGUCUGUAGAUGCACGAGGGGCUAUGUUCUCAACCGCGAUGGCAAGACCUGCAGCAGUAAAUUCAUCACUCCUCUGGUUUUACUCACGGCAGAGCUGGAUCCAUGUUCCCUUGGUAACCAUGGCUGUGAGCAUGACUGUGUGAACACUGAAGAUUCAUUUGUGUGUCGAUGUCGAGAAGGCUACAAACUCAGACCUGAUAACAGAACCUGCCAGAAGGCAGUGUGUGGAGAUGGAGUGAUGGAUCUGGUAUUUGUAAUUGACGGUUCUAAGAGCCUGGGACCGGCCAACUUUGACCUUGCCAAGCAGUUUGUGAACAGCAUCGUGUACUCUCUGGACGUUUCCGGCACGGGCACCCACGUGGGGCUGCUGCAGUACUCCAGUAAGGUCCGCACAGAGUUCAUUCUGGGUCAGUAUACCUCAGGCCGGGACAUCAACAGGGCCGUGUCGCGGAUGCAGUACAUGGGCAGAGGAUCUAUGACGGGCGCUGCCCUGCGUCACAUGUUUGAGUACAGCUUCUCUGCCAAGGAGGGGGCCAGACCCGACAUGCCACGGGUCAGUAUCGUGUUCACCGACGGACGAUCCCAGGAUGAUGUGUCGAAAUGGGCCACUAAGGCAAAGGAUGCCGGUAUCACGAUAUAUGCACUUGGUGUUGGUAAAGCCAUCGAAGGGGAGCUCAGGGAAAUUGCUUCCGAGCCAGAUGAUAAGGAUUUGUACUAUGCUGAAGAUUUUAGCAACAUGGGAGAAAUUACAGACAAAUUGAAGUCACGGAUAUGUAAAGAGAAACCCUCCCCUCAAGAUAUGUGUAAGUGUGAGAACGUGAUGCUCUUCCAGAGGCAGGUCAGUGAACAGUUUAGGAGACUGACCCAGAAUAUUGAUGUUGUGUCAAAAAGGAUGGAGACCCUUGAGAAUCAGCUUGGACACAAAUGAAGGAAGGACAAAGACAUUGCUUUCAUCUGUUCGUCCUCAACGGAUUCUUCUCAACUGGCCUGCGGUGCAAAGGGCUUUACUAAACUUCAAGGGAUAACUUCAAGCUAUUUCAACAUGCUACACUGAAACAUAAUAUGGUAUAUUUUCUACUGUAACUGCUAUUUAUAUUCUGAACAAAACUAUGCAUUUAUGCAUGUGGCUGUGGACUGGAGUGAAGACAAAAAUACUGUAUAUCUUUGCUACAUUCAGGUAUCAAAAUGUACUUAUUUUUAAAAGUAAAAUGUUAUUUGGCAGAUAACUGCAAUUUAUAGAUCCAAAUAUAACUCAUAUAAGAUACAGUACAACAUUUUAUGACAAAUCAAAGUAAAAUCACUUUGUAUUUCAAGCAAAAUGCUUUCUAUUGCUGUUGAUGUGAAUAAAAUCCCUGAUGAUCUUGCUUGUAUUGUACUUUGUGGAACACCACAAUGUCACAAUGUGCUUUCUAUUG